AUGUCCGUCUCCAUCGAAACCACCAACGUUCCCACUGCCCCCAUGACCGCCCAGCCCAUCCUGCUGGGCCAAAAGGCCCGCAUGCCCGAGUUCAGUCUCGCCGGAAAGGUCGUCCUGGUCUCUGGCGGUGGCCGUGGUCUGGGUCUGACCCAGGCCGAGGCUCUCCUCGAAGCCGGCGCCAAGGUGUACGCCCUCGACCGUCUGGAGGAUCCUGCCCCCGAGUUUGCAAAAAUCCAGCAACGCGCCAAGGAGCUCGGCACUGAGCUGCACUACCGCCGCAUCGACGUACGCGACACCGAGCUCCUCAACAACGUCAUUGAAGGCAUCGCCAACGACGAAGGCCGGAUGGAUGGCCUGGUUGCCGCCGCCGGUAUCCAGCAGGAAACCUCCGCACUGGAGUACACCGCCAAGGACAGCAACACCAUGUUCGAAGUGAACGUCACGGGCGUCUUCAUGACUUCGCAGGCUGUUGCGAAGCAGAUGAUUCGUUUUGGAAAUGGGGGCAGUAUCGCCAUGAUCGCUAGUAUGAGUGGUACCAUUGUCAAUCGGGGUCUCAUCUGCCCCGCCUACAACGCCUCCAAGGCCGCUGUCAUCCAGCUCGGUCGUAACCUGGCUGCUGAAUGGGGCCAGUACAAUAUCCGUGUCAACACCAUCUCUCCCGGGUAUAUUGUGACUUCUAUGGUGGAGAUGCUCUUUGUUGACUUCCCUGAGCGCCGCGACCAGUGGCCCAAGGAGAACAUGCUGGGCCGUCUCUCGCGUCCCGAGGAGUACCGCGGUGCGGCGGUUUUCCUGCUUUCGGAUGCCUCGUCUUUCAUGACUGGAUCUGAUCUCCGCAUCGAUGGUGGUCACGCCGCUUGGUAA